AUGAGGAAGGAAAUGGAGGAACUUCGGAAAGAAUUGGAGAAGAGCAGAGAACUGAUCAGUCAACAGCAGGAACUAUUGCAGGUAUGGUGACUGGACCGGCCCGCUGUGAGGAAUAUGCAAUGCGUGAAAGAUUGGACGGGGAACCUGCAGUUGGUGAAUGUUGACACACCAGGGGAUAAGGCUUAAUACAGAGUAUUAUGCUUGGCUCAAAAUGAUCAAUCUGAUUGGAAUGAUUUGGCAUUCUUAGCAUCGUAGUAAAUAUUUUUCAAAAUUGCUGGAGCGCUGAUGGUUCACGAUGACUCCAACUCAAUAACUAACUGUGCCAAAUGUAUGUGUGGUCUAUUGUUUAACAGUGCAUCCAUAGAAUGUAAAUGAGAUCCUUUUGGGUGUUCAACCACAAAGAUACCAAAUAAGGAUCCAUUCACUGCUGUACUACGAGAACAAGACUAAAUUCAAGGAAUAUAAAUGGAUAGGACAAAAGGCAUAGACCAUCUUUUUAGGAAAAAUAUAUAUUUUUUUUCUUUCUCCAAUAGAUAAUCGUAAAGCUGUAAGAAUAAAAACAAUGACCUGUCUGAGGCAAAAAUGACAUAAUACUGAUUACAAUGGGUGUCUUAGGGGAAUAUAAGCACCGCAAUGCCAGUGAAGGAAAAGGGAAAGUGUGGUAGGGUUAGUGGAACGGAUAAAUAAAGGUGGCUCUCUGUUGCAAAAUCUAGACUUUUUCCAAGUAUCCAUUUGAUGCACAGCACUGGUUUAUGAAUGUAUGGCUCUCCCUUGGCAUAUUGUUUGUUUAUAUGACAUUGUAAAGCGUUUGACCAAAUCAUAAAUGAGGGUGUGUGCUAACACGUUUUAAGUUCUGAAGCCAUUGAGGGUUCAAGUGGUAAAUGGACACAAGAGGGUCAACAUUUUAUAUUUAAAAAGUAUAAUUGUGGGUGUUUGGGUGGGUGGGGAGAUAUGGGACGGGGGUGGGGUGACCAGGAAUGUGUAACAUUAAUGCUAGAACAAUGACUUGUAGUAAUAUUUUGGACCUCAUGUUUUGAUAUAUGUGUAAUAUUUAGGUUAUCCUGAUAUAAGAAUGUUGUAGCUAGGUUGGUACGAGUUACACAUGACCAAGAAUAUUCAAUAAAGUGUGAAUUUUCCAAAAUUCCAAGUGAAUUUAACGUUUUAGGCCAAAACAGCCAAUCUGCUAACAUGACCCACUUGGAGUAUUUUUCCAUCUUUGCUAGUGUGGUCCAAAAUGUGAAAUUAAUUGUGACGUGUGAAUUGGAGUAGAUUAAAAAUUAAUGCCCAAGUAUUGCUGACUUGGCAACAUUUCCAGUUCUGCUAUUUUGUCCACGAAUUUGAAAUUAAUUUUCAAUUACUGACAAGCCACACUUUAGUGAAUAACGCUCUAAAUCUUCCCCACGGUAUGGGCAAGGCUAUUCCUUGUUGGGAUAACCUGCAGCCAUUUUGUGUUGCUGACAGGAGCAGAUGUUGCCCAAGCCUGGUGAGGGUCAGGUCUCCCCUUUGUGGGAUGCUUAUUUCUUGGAGGAGCAGCUAAGGCUACAGCAGGACAGAGCGAUCUUUGAGGAUCAAAAACGGGCCUUUCAGUAUGAGCGAGAGAAGUUCACAGAGGCUGCAAUUCGCCUGGGACGAGAGGUAACCGUACAAAUUUGAUUAACUCUGCUGAUUUCCAAUUCUAGAAUUGCCAAUAACCUCUGACUCUUGCUCCAUAGCGUCUCCAGUUUAAGGCCGACCAGGCUCUCUUUGUGAAGCAGCAAUUCCUGACUAUGACACCAGGGCUGGAAACUCCAUCGUGGAAAAAGACCCCACCCUGGUCUUCAGCAGGUUAGUGUCUACAUCCAUUGUAACCAGCUAUUGGUGGGUGGUGGCAUCUGUGUCUUCAUAUGUACUCAAGUCAGCUUUCAUAAUCUAGUUGCAGUCUUUGGAUAGACUCUUCCUUUUUGACUUGUGUCCAGAACCUCAACCACAAAAAUAUUUCUAAUGAAAGGGAAGAACAAUCUUUGCAGGCUUUGGUAAAGUGAAUUUAAGGUGUAAUUCAUACCUCCAAGCUCCAUGAGAAUCUAAGGUCCAUAUGGUGUAGAGAUGUGAGAUGUGAGAUCCAGAAAUUCCUCUACACCUUGAGUUGAUUUUUAACAUCUGAUUUAAAGAGGAAUGGAAAGUUGAAAAAAAAUAGAUCCAUUUACCAGAAUUGUAUCUGAAAUUGUUUAAUGUGCUAUAUGCUUAGAUCCUAAUCUUUCAUUAGGUCUGCACAGAAAAAAAAAAAACCUUUAAACUUUAUCCCAGAAUUGGCAUUGAGAAGCAAAUUUUCUUUGGUUCGAUUAUAAGAAUACUGGUUGUGCAGAGUAGAAUGCCAUACCGUCCAAGCCACCAUUUUAGAUACAUUGGACAUGACUCAAAAUUUCCACACUCCAAUAGCAUGUAGAAAUUCGCCCCUGGUGAGUGUGCCAUGGACCAUCCAGAUUUGCCGUGGUGAGUAACCUGGUCUGGCUAGUAGCGCAGGACUGUACAUUUUAAGCCUUGUUAAAGGAAAAUGCUCAUCAAAAUGCUCAUUUUGUACGUUUUGAAAAUAAAAUUAAAUAUAUAUAUUUUUUUUCCUGUUUUUAAUAACACAAAAAUUCCUGGUUACUCGCACUACCUGAGCCUUAUGCUCACUCCGGCUGUCUCUACCCUUUAAACCUAUUCAAUAUCUGAGCAUUACGCAAUGAAUGACUGACUGGUUUUCUUUUCUUCAGCUCCUGGUACACCCAGGGCAACUUCUCAGAUCUUUAAGAACUUCACCCCCAACUGGUCCUGUGUCAGCAACUCCCGGCGCAAAAGGGGUGACCCUGUCACGCCCUCCACUGCAGAGCUCUACCGAGUACUGAGACUGGCUCCUCCCAGCAGGUAUUUCUACACAGCGCAGCCCCCUCUGGGGUGGGAUCCUAGUAAUAUCUGUAUUUAUACAGCUCCUUUCUGUUACAUUAUACACAGCGCAGCCCCCUCUGGGGUGGGAUCCUAGUAAUAUCUGUAUUUAUACAGCUCCUUUCUCUUACAUUAUACACAGUGUGGACCCCUCUGGGGCAGGAUCCUAGUAAUAUCUUUAUUUAUACAGCUCCUUUCUGUAACAUUAUACACAGCGCAGCCCCCUCUGGGGUGGGAUCCCAAUAAUAUCUGUAUUUAUACAGCUCCUUUCUAUUACAUUAUACACAGCGCAGGCCCCUCUGGGGUGGGAUCCUAGUAAUAUCUAUAUUUAUACAGCUCCUUUCUAUUACAUUAUACACAGUGCAGCCCCCUCUGGGGUGGGAUCCUAGUAAUAUCUGUAUUUAUACAGCUCCUUUCUAUUACAUUAUACACAGCGCAGUCCCCUCUGGGGUGGGAUCCUAGUAAUAUCUGUAUUUAUACAGCUCCUUUCUAUUACAUUAUACACAGCGCAGCCCCCUCUGGGGUGGGAUCCUGGUAAUAUCUGUAUUUAUACAGCUCCUUUCUAUGACAUUAUACACAGUGCGGCCCCUUAUGGGAUGGGAUCCUAGUAAUAUCUGUAUUUAUACAGCUCCUUUCUGUUACAUUAUACACAGCGCUGCCCCCUCUGGGGUGGGAUCCUAGUAAUAUCUGUAUUUAUACAGCUCUUUCUAUUACAUUAUACACAGCAGCGGCCCCUCUGGGGUAGGAUCCCUAAGUAAUAUCUGUAUUUAUACAGCUCCCCUUUCUAAUACAUUUUACACAGGCGCAGCCCCCCUCUGAGGUGGGAUCCUAAGUAAUAUCUGUAUUUAUACAGCUCCUUUCUAUUACAUUAUUACUUAUACACAGUAGCGCCUCUUGGGUAGGAUCCCUAGUAAUAUCACCAGCUUGUUAUACAGCUCCUUUCUAUUACAUUAUACACAGCUCAGCCCCCUCUGGGGCGAGAUCCUAGUAAUAUCUGUAUUUAUACAGCACCUUUCUAUUACAUUAUACACAGCACAGUCCCCUCUGGGUUGGGAUCCUAGUAAUAUCUGUAUUUAUACAGCUCCUUUCUAUUCCAUUAUACACAGCACGGCCCCCUCUGGGGCGAGAUCCUAGUAAUAUCUGUGGGAUCCUAGUAAUAUCUGUAUUUAUACAGCUCCUUUCUGUUACAUUAUAAUGACUGUUUUUUGUCUUUUUUUUCUACAGAUCUAUUUUGAGAAGUAUUUUAAUUAAAUUGGUUCUUGAAUUCUAAAGUGACUAGUUUCUAAUUUAUUGAGAUACUAUUUGACCAAGUUAAACUAGUUAGUUUUUACAUAAUGCUCACAUAUAGAAUAAGAACAUCCACACUAUGUUUGCAUGGCUCCCAGCAGCCCCUCUUUAAGCAUCCAGGAACACCAGAGAAACAAGUUCUGCAACUUCAGAGAGCACUUCAGCUGCAUGCUUGUGCAAGCAGAGAGUCAGCCGGGAAGCAGUUUGUUGUCUUGGCAUGCUCAACGCCAGGCUGACAUGCCCCCUUCAGUGGGAAAGCACUCGCAUACCCACACAGGGCAGCACAUUGUGGGUGUUACCAGCGACACAAGUUGCAUCACUAAAAAAAAAGCCCCCUAGAAAGCCCAACCACAUGUCCUGAUUACACACCUGCCAAUUAUUGAAAGGUAUAUGCAUGUGUUUAAUCAAAUUUGACUAAAUCAAGUUGAGUAAAAUUUUUAUUAAUAGUUAAAAAAAUAAAGUUCCAGUAGUUUUGUGGACUUAAAUAAAUACUAGGGUUAACCUUCUUCUUUCUAAGGUCUGCAUUGAUGUCCCAAAGACGCGAACGAAGAUAUCGGAAAAGUGAUUCUGAUGCAGAUGAGACCAGGAGUGACAGCUUGUCCUCAAUGAGUGAAUGUGAGUAGAAAUACGAUUUUUUUCCCUCUUGGAGACUUGCAUACGCUUGUCUGGUUCAUCUAAUUUGAUUUCUUUUUUUUCCCCUUAAGCACCAGGGCCACGCAUCAGACCCCGAUCAGCAAAGCCAGUCAAAUUCAGCAUGACUCCCUACCUUUGCCCUAGACCAACCCCUUUGUCUGUGCCACGUCAUCAUGUGGACCCAGACAUGCCAAGCUCCGAGGAUCUUUACCGGGUCUUGGGAAUAGCCUCUACUGGAAGGUAAAAGCAACUGCAUGACCAGUGUUGGAAGAUAUUGGGGUGAUUUACAAAAAUUUAUGCAUUUGCAUCAGCUUUUGUGCACACGCUCCAUUUUGUUACGUGUAACUGUUACUAUAAGCUUUAUACACUUGUGACUGUUCUUAUGUAAUGCCUAGAAAUAAUCCUUUCUGAUUUAUUUUUUUUAUUGUUCUUUAAUAUUUCUUUGCAUCAUUUCUUUACCAUUGAUUUAAUUCCCAAAAUAAGACCAAUUAGUCAUCUUGAAAAAGAAGGAAAAAAGGGUUACAAAAAAGGAUUUUAUUUACUUAUCUUGCCCAGUGCACAUGUAAAAUUCAGUUAUUAAUGUGGGAGAAGGGGUAAUUUUAGUUUUAGUGAGUGUAAGGGCACAAACUUAAAUCCUAGUUGAAUCCAUCUGUGAGCAUUGUCAAAGCUAGUGUUUGUGACCCCCUGACCCAUGGGAAGGGAGGUGGGGGUGGGCGACAGUAAAACAUAAACCGACCAAUACAAAAAGUAAAGACAAUGUAUGUGAGCUGAAGCCCUUUUUAUACAGAACCAUCUGAGCUUACAAUCUAAAGUAUUUUAAUAAAAUAUAUUUAAUGGGCACUCCGACAGAUGAGUAGUAUUUAUAUUGUUCUGGGGGUCUAUGGGCACUGUCUCCUUAUCCUAUUAUUCAUGUAGCUUUAACAAGCAGUUAAAUAAAAUAAGUCCUGGAUCUCUGUGAUCUUACUUUGUGGGGAAACCAUAUACUGGGAGAUUCAAUAAUAGGUGAUGUGAUAUUAAAAUGUUGACUUAAUAUGUCUGUCUACAUCUUGUAGGGCAUCAUCCAAACACAGAAGGCGUGAGAUGAAGAACUCUCUGCGAGAGCAACUCUACGAGGGAACACCAUCUGUAUUUUGCCAAGAAAAUUCCAAGACAUUUAAUAUGGCAUGUGAGAGAACUAGAACCAGUUGAGACAGAUUCUCUGUAUUCAGAGGAUUCACCUCCAUUUGAAAGGAUAUCCUCCCCCAGGGAUGACUACAAAGCAGUACCAACACAUGCUCCGUGUAAAGCAUCACAAGUUCGAACCCAAACGCAUUCUGAAGAACAUCACCAAUGUGAUGAAGAUAUCACACAUUACAGUGGUAUCCCACAGUUGUACAUGACUGAUCACAGAGAUGGUGUCCAUUUUUGGCUGGGUAACGAGAAUUCACAUGGAGCAAUUGAAAUAUGUAGAAAUCAUUCCAGAGAUACUUUUCAUCCUGGAGAGGGCUACAUGGAAGGUCUUAACCUGCGACAUAGAGAGGAGUUAAAGGAGAACAUUCCUCCAGAAAUUGACUUCACUGCCCAGGAAAACGAGCUUUAUUACCAUAAACAUGGCGAUAGAAGCAGCUCAAGGAAGACUCGCCAGCCUAGAUCUAGCCGCACAAGUCGGUCAAGAGAAACUCUGAAUCAAGACCAUAUUUCAAGGAGCAGGUCAAGGGACACCCAACCUUGUAAAGAGUGUUUCUCGGAGUACAGACGUCUAUCUUGUCAUGACAAAAACUCCUUUUCCUUCUCGAGCCAUAAACGCGCUGCCCAACACUUAAGACGCUCGUGUCCUUCCAAUCGUGACCGUGGAUGUUGGUCUAAAACUUUUACUACACCCCACCUGCGUGCAGACCUGCUGGACCAGUUUGUGGACUGCUCUAUGUAA